CACACGGCAUACAGACACAUUUUUGGUUCACAAAAUUACUUCUUCCUUUCAAUGUUUUGUUUAUACAUUUGUUGUUGUUGCUAUAUUCACUUGAGUCUGUGAUGAUCGUCUAACGAUCUAGACACGGGUCUGCAGGAUUGAUAUCUCCAACUGCGGCGUCAUUUACUGGAUUCGCGUCGGCCAUGUUGUAGUGGGGGUUGAUGCAAGUUUAGAGGUAGUAAGUGUAGCUACAGGAGCUGGGUUAGCCUACUUUUGGUGACUUAUUUUGUCAUGUCGCUGGAUACAUUUUGCUGGGGUUUUAUUCAUUAAGGCGUUCUGUCUGUGUCAACUCCUUUAAUUUCUUUAUCAUUCGUUUUGCUUUGAUUUAACUUCAUUGUUAUUUCAUUCACCGAGGACAAAAACGAUUGAGAAAGACCUGUGUUGGAGGGAGGCGGGAUGGGGGCGACUGUGAUUUCCAUGUUGGAAUACUAGCUGAUUUUUCGUUGAACCCAGAAAUAAAUUGGAAAUACAAACACAAGCGACACAAGAUCGUGAAUUUCUAAAAGACGUGACCAUGGGCUGCAUCAAGAGUAAAGAGGACAAGGGGCCUACCAUGAAGUACCGCCCGGAUAACGCUCCGGUCUCAGAUGUCAUCGGCCCCCACGUGGGCCACUACGGGCCCGACCCCACCCAGCUGCAGCAGAACCAGCCGUCCUCCACGGGGCCCGCUGCAGGUUUCAACCCCCACGCCAUCACCCCCUUCGGAGGAGCUUCCUCCAUCAUGACCCCCUUCGGAGGGGCUUCCACCUCCUUCUCCGGCGCUCUGCCCGGCACGUUCCCCGGUGCCGUCUCAGGUGGGGUUACGUUCUUUGUGGCCUUGUACGACUAUGAAGCCAGAACCUCAGACGACCUGUCGUUCAAAAAAGGGGACCGCUUCCAGAUCAUCAACAACACAGAAGGGGACUGGUGGGAGGCGCGCUCCAUCAACACAGGGAAGAAGGGCUACAUCCCCAGUAACUAUGUGGCACCAGCUGACUCGAUCCAGGCUGAAGAGUGGUACUUUGGUAAAAUGGGACGUAAAGAUGCUGAGAGGCUGCUGUUGAAUGCAGGCAACAACCGGGGCACCUUCCUGGUGCGAGAGAGUGAAACGACUAAAGGUGCUUACUCCCUGUCCAUACGAGACUGGGACGAUGCCAAAGGCGACAAUGUGAAACACUACAAGAUCCGCAAACUUGACAACGGGGGUUACUACAUCACCACACGCGCCCAGUUUGACACGCUGCAGAAACUGGUCAAACACUACACAGAGCAUGCAGACGGUCUGUGCUACCGGCUGACCACGGUGUGCCCCACGGUGAAGCCCCAGACCCAGGGACUGGCCAAGGAUGCCUGGGAGAUCCCCCGGGAGUCCCUACGCCUGGAGCUCAAACUGGGCCAGGGAUGCUUCGGAGAGGUCUGGAUGGGCACGUGGAACGGCACCACCAAGGUGGCCAUUAAGACCCUGAAGCCAGGCACCAUGUCCCCCGAGGCCUUCCUCCAGGAGGCCCAGAUCAUGAAGAAGCUGAGACACGACAAGCUGGUGCCCCUCUACGCCGUGGUGUCUGAGGAACCCAUCUACAUCGUCACUGAGUACAUGGCCAAAGGAAGUUUGCUGGACUUCCUAAAGGAGGGAGACGGUAAAUUCCUCAAGCUUCCCUUGCUGGUGGAUAUGGCAGCACAGAUCGCUGACGGUAUGGCUUUCAUCGAGAGGAUGAACUACAUCCACAGGGACCUGCGCGCCGCUAACAUCCUGGUCGGGGACAACCUGGUGUGCAAGAUCGCCGACUUCGGUCUGGCUAGGCUGAUCGAGGACAACGAGUACACGGCUAGGCAAGGGGCCAAGUUCCCCAUCAAGUGGACGGCUCCUGAGGCUGCCCUGUACGGCCGCUUCACCAUUAAGUCAGACGGCUGGUCCUUCGGCAUCUUACUCACUGAACUGGUCACCAAGGGCAGGGUGCCCUACCCAGGCAUGGUGAACAGGGAGGUCCUGGAGCAGGUGGAGCGGGGGUACCGUAUGCCCUGCCCCCAGGGUUGUCCCGAUUCCCUCCACGAGAUGAUGAAGCUGUGCUGGAAGAAGGACCCCGACGAGAGGCCCACCUUCGAGUACAUCCAGUCCUUCCUGGAGGACUACUUCACAGCCACGGAGCCACAAUACCAGCCUGGGGAUAACCUAUAGUCAGGCCUGGCCGCAGCGCAGCCCUGGACUACUUCACCGUGCAAUGUAUCUCUCCACCCAGGAGGAGCAGACUUGGAUACAGACGCAUGGAGACGUAAUUCUAUGAAUAAUGUGCUUCAGAAAAGCCAACUGGAAGCUUGGUUAUCAAGUUGCACAAACCACUGCUAUUGCUAAUGAUCAUUUUUUUAUUUUUUUUAUUUCAGGUACUACAUCUAGUCUUAGUUUGUAUGAAUUUACAAUUUUUUAUCCUUUUUUUUGUCCUCAAUGAUCAUGUUCAUUUUCAAAGUGACCAAUCAUUCAACUGUGUUAGUUGUUUUAACAAAUUUGUUGCACCAUGAAAAUGGCACGAGAAAGCCCAUCAGGUAGAGGCUCUCGGAAUGAGAGCUCUUCAAAAUGGAGGACAAGAGAGAAGGAUGUACUGUAAGGCUGCGUUUACACAUAGGCAGCCCAAUUCUGAUCAUUUUUCCACUAAUUGGUCUUUUGACCAAUCGUAUCAGA